AACGGUUAGGAGCCAGCCGGACCAAAAAGUAUUUGGGAAAACGUGUGUAACUCAUUCACCUAGCGAAGUUGUUUACGUUUCUUAUGUGGAUAUUAUAACAACUUUAUAUUGUUUUUUGUUUUAUGAAAAGCUGUCUCCUGUGUGUCACAUGACCACUUCACAGCUAUACCAGGACUGGCGUUGUCAGCAGGCUAAACUGUCAGACUGUCGUGCUGGAUUCCCUGAAAUGGAGUGGCAGACCCCAGCCGUGUCGGACAAGGUCCACAGCCGGUUUGGCCGGCAGCCCAGCGUUGCUGACAGUGGAGAUACUGGGCUGGGUACCACUCCAUCUGAAAGCAUGGAAGAUUUCUGCAGCUCCAGUGGCAGCCCCUCCUUCCAGCCCAUCCGCAGUCAGAUUCCCAUUCCCACGGCCCAUGUCAUGCCGUCUACAGCCAGCGGGGGGGCUCCCAAGCCCCAGCCAGGCUCAGCCACUGCAUCCUCCACAUCUCGGGAGUCCAGCUCCUCCAGCACCAAGUCCUCACCCCUCCCAAAGUCGGUGUCCUCUCCCAAUCUGGAAGAGCAGGUGCGGGCCGCCGUGGCGACAGACUGCCUGAGCCGGUACCGGAGCCUGGUGAAUGGCCUGGACCACUCGCUGCUGCCCCCUGCUGUUGAGCGCUCGCGCCUGGAUGACGGCCAGGGCUUUGCGGCGCCCACUGUGGAGCCCACACUGAACCAGUCAGCGCUGCUGGGCAGCUUCUGCCCUGACCCACGUUACCGGUUGCAAAUGACCGGCCUGAGUGGAAGCCCCGAUGCGGGGGCUGGGUCAGCGUACAGGCUGCUACCAGAGGCCAGACCCGUGCUCCACAGCGCCCCCCAGAGACUCCCAGAGACAGUAGCCCAGGACAAUGAGGCUUCACGUGAGCGGCCCUGCAGUGGGAGCAGCUGGCAGCAGCUGGAGAGCCUGCGCUUGGAGGUGGAGCAGAUGAAGCUGCGGGCGGCGGGCUCGGGGCAGCUCCCCCCUCUGUACCCGUCCAGCUUGCAGGCGGGGGGGCACACGUGGGACGCUGUCGCCAAAGUUAACGAGGGACUGCUGAGGGAGAAGGAGCUGAUCAUCGAGAGGCAGAAGCAGCAGAUGGUACAGCUGGAGCAGCGACUACGGGAGAGCGAGCUGCAGGUUCACGGGGCCGUGCUGGGACGCGGUGCCCCAUACGUGGACGUCUGUCUGCUGAGGCUGCAGGAGGCCCAGCGGGAGAACGCCUUCUUGCGGGCUCAGUUCGCUGAGCGCAGCGAUGCCCAAACCAAGGAGGUUGCUGCGAGUGAGAGGCGCUUGGCGGCGGCUGAGGCGGAGGCCCGCAAACUGGGGGACACGCUGCGUGACACCACCCAGAAGCAUGCAGAGGAGAAGAAGAAGCAGGAAGAGAGGAUCCGCAGUCGUGACAAACACAUCAACAGCCUGAAGAAGAAAUGUCAAAAGGAAUGUGAUGUGAGCCGGGAGAGGCAGCAGCGUGUGGAGACACUGGAGCGCUACCUGGCCGACCUGCCCACCCUGGAGCACUACAAGGCCCAGAGCAAGCAGCUUGAGGAUGCGCAGGAAAAGACCAAGCAGCUGCAGGAGGCGGUGGCUCAGCUGCAGGCUGCUCUGGAGGAGGCGCAGGGGGCUGUACGGGACAAGGGGAGGCAGCUGGAGGAGCAGAGACAGCGGGAGAAGGAGCUGCUCACCACCGUCACCAGCCUGCAGGAGCGAGUCCGUGAAGGCCUGGAAGAUGGAGUCCGGCUGCCCACGCUGGACGUGGCAAAGCUGCGGGACGAGAAUGAGGCCUUGAGGGAAGAGGUCCAGAGGCUCCAGAAGGUUGUCGACAAGGAGAGGCGGGUGAUUGAGCAGCUGGGAUCACAGAUACGGACGCUGGAGAAACAGCUGCUUCAGGAGGAAGGAACCAGCCAGGCGCUGAGGGAGGAGCUGUGUGUGAAGGAGAGGAGCCUGCUGCAGCAACGCAGCGCCAUGAAGGAGCUGUCUGGACAGAACCAGGAGCUGGUGGAGCAGACCCUGACCCUGCAGGAGCGGCUCUGCAAGGCGGAGACAGAUGGGGUGGGGGUGGUGGUGGUGGCGGUGCAGGCACGGCAUCUCCACGCAGAGAUGAAGGCCUGUCUGGGGGACCUGCGCUCCCUCUGCAGCGUGCUGACGCAGUGCGCUCAGGGCCGCGACCCCAACCUUUCCCUGCUGCUCGGAGUCACCCCCACUCAGCCUGGCGUUGAGGACGCAGAGGAGUGGAGCACACCAGAGGCCCUGGACAGGAAGCUGGCGGAGGUGCAGCUGCUGCGCCGUGACGUGGAGGAGCUGCGCACGGCCAUCUCUGACCGCUACGCCCAAGACAUGGGCGACAACUGCAUCACACAGUAGCCCGGGCGCGUCUGCUGGUCGGGCGGGGGCCGGGAUACCGGGAUGAGGCUUGGCGGAGGGGCUUUGGACUCCAGCCCUAUAUGCCCCACCCUGCAGAGUUUGUCUUCCUAAAGAAGCAGCCUUUGGACCUUUCAGGCGGAGGCUUCUGGGCUUCCAUUCUGGUUUUAAGUACUCCCUGGGAAAACAUGGAUUCCCACCUUUGGAAGUGCCAGUGUACAGCAGCAAGUGCCUACUGUCCUGAAGGUGCGGGGGAGAGGUCAGCAUCUGGAAUGAUCCACCUCUUCUCGUGGGGGAGUCAUUUGUUGUGGUUGACAAUCAACUGAAUACAUAUAUAAUCUGUGUGCCCUACGGUGUAGAUGGUAUUUCCUUUUAUCACUGGGCUGUAAUGCAAGGAUGGCUUCUUGAGCUCUGAUACAGGCUUGUUCUAUAUGACACUCACUUAUUUCCGCUGCACACGCUCCGUACCCACAUCAGUAACAAUGCUGCACACGCUCCGUACCCGCAUCAGUAACAAUGCUGCACACGCUCCGUACCCGCAUCAGUAACAAUGCUGCAUGGUCAGAGCGUUUCUCUUCUGCUGUAGUCUGCACCAGCCUCCCUUCCUUUCACUUCUCCGCAUUUCAUUGCUCCCUGAUGCCGUAAUAUACCCCGGUCAGCAUUACUAAAGGUCCGCUUGCUCUACCUCAUUAACUCUGUUUGCAUGUGUUUACAGUUUACAGACUGGAAGCGGACUGUUGAACAUUUGGACGCUUGGCUGUCAUUACCAUUCUCUCUGGGUUCAUUAUUCAAUAUUCAUUAUUAAUGUGCCGUUACGGUGGCAUGGACGGGGAACUUGGCGAGUCAGCAGUCGCCUUUUCAGUACGCUUCCAUGGCUAAAUGUGUGCUCAAGUUGGGCUUGAAGCCUGUGACAUAUUUACAGUAAAUAGCACAAUACACUCUUCCCCACUGUGAUCAGGGACAUUUACUGUAAGAAGUGCUCACUUCUGGUAUCAGGGCAUAUAUUGUGGGGGGGGGGAGACAAGCCAACACCCAGCAGGUAAUGCAGACUGUCUGUAGUGGCCUGUGAUUUGGCAGUUCAGCUCUAUGAAGCUGUCUGGGACCUUAAUCCUCCUCGGUGUAUGGAAGGGUGAACUUCAGGCCUGUACAGAUCAAUAUCCAGGCAGCUGAGGAGGGACCGGGCUGUUUGGGUGGAGGGAAAUGCAUGCUAAUCCGUUAGCAUGUUGGAAAUGUCCACCCCCUUGUUUCUCUAGCAGAUUUCAAAGGCUGAUAUUCGCAUUUGCGUUUUUGAGGUUAUCGCAGGCGUGGACGUCUUAUGUGGUCAGAAUGGGUGUAGUUUGUAGUUCUCACUUUCACCUGCUGUUCUGGGAGUCGCUGGCUGCCUAUGACUGUCCGCUGCGCCUCAGGCUACUCACACCACAUUCUCUGCCUGGAUGCUGUGCUUCCUGCUUGCCUCAGCCUGUCUGGGAAGCAGUCUUGCUCUGCUGGAGCCUCUGCCUUUGUUUGGCCUGUAUCGGGGGAUUCCCUCUGCUGUAAUACGGUCAGCACAGGGUUUUACCUGAAGUCUCAGAUGCCACUUUCUGUCCAUUGAGUCAUAACUCGUUUCAGCUUCAGUGUUUCUUACAGCCAGGCAAGAUGGGAAUAUUUCUUACCUGCUUUUGAAAACCUUAUUUCUUUCAUUGUCUAGUGAAACUAAAAUUGUUUUUGUGUGUGAGAGGUUUAUCCUGCAAUAUAUAAAAUGAGUUUCACGCCUGAGGUCUUAGUACAAUACUGUGCCAUCUCUAUCAGCAUCUCUACUAUGAGUAAUUUGAAAUCGCUCAAACCAGCCUUUCUUACAUUUUUGCACAAUUAAGAAAUGUACAGGCAAAUGUACCUUUUAGUCUUCAAUUGUAUUUGCACUUUAAAAAUAAAGGUUGUUUUUCAAAUGA